GGACUUGGUGACCUGAUGGUCUUAGUGAUCUUUUCCAACCUUAACGAUUCUAUGAUUCUGUAUCCUUCUAGGAGGAACAUGGCUACCCCAUUGUUUGUGUUGGGUCUGCACCCAGCUGCAACAUCUGGCCCCAAGAUGAUAGGGGGUUGCAGCCAGAGUUGGUGUUGUCAAGGGUAUUUGUGCUGGGCUCCCACCCCAUGCGUGGUAGGAAGGGGCCCCGAGGAUCAUCAAGCUGUGCUGACGUGGUUAAUGAAGAGGGAUUGCUAGAAUUGUUCAUUUGAAACUUUCUAGAGGCUAAAUGAAAUAUAUUACUUAAAAAAAAAUUAAAAAAAAAUAAAAAACACCUUAAAAAAGCAACAACAUCUGGUUAGUAGCAUCCGUAUUUGGAGUUGAGCUGCCGACCUUCAACCCCAUUAAAAUCACAGAUGCAGUGGAGGAUGCAAAUGAGCCUGGUGCAUUCUGGAAGGGGGGCCCGUCUUUGCAUACGUGUGCAGUGGUUCAGCUCUGCAGGUGUUGUUCUGUUCUGCCACUUCCAUGCACACUCCCAUGCAGACAUUCACAAGAGCACAGCCUCAGUGUGUGGAGACUUAAUUACACGUUGCUUAUUAGAGAUGGCCUGUCAGCAUGGUGGUUGGGCAGCCGAGGUGGCAGCUUUAUCGCCUCUUUGCAGGAGUCGUGCAAUUUCUUUGUCAUCAUAUAUGGUAAUGUAUGCACUGCAGCACGGCGUGGGGUGAGAUUCAAUGAAUAAUGGAAAACCCAGAGUCAUGUUGAAUCUAUAUUGGCCGUGCUGUUUCCCCACCAGUUAUCUUUAAAAGGCAAAUAUUAAUUUGGGGGGCUUAGAGCAGUUUUAGAGCAUCUCGGUCCCUGCAGCAGGUGCAGUUUGUUGGAAGGCUGCAAUGAACUAUUUGCCAGCACGGGGGCUGCAAGACGUGCUGUUGCAAUGGCCACUUUCUAUCCUCAUAUGGCCAUGCUGCUGAUUUGGGCUCUGGUAGAUCCCACAACACGACCUACCAAAAAACAUGCCCAAGGAAGUGCUGGUUGCUGGUUGCACUUGAUGGUGUUAGAGGUCUUUUCCAAUCUUAAUGAUUCUGUAGUUCUGUGAUUCAGUGACAUGGGUAGUGGGCAUGGUGAUGAUGGGUUGACAGUUGGACUUGAUGAUCUCCUAAGGUCUUUUCUGACUGUGAUUCGGUGACAUGGUGUAGUUGGCGUGGUUGGUGACGAGUUGACAGUUGGACUUUGAUGAUCUUAGAGGUCUUUUCCAACCUUAACGAUUCUGUGGUUCUGUGAUUCUCUGACAUGGUUAAUUGGCAUGUUGGUGAUGAGUUGACAGUUGGACUUGAUGAUCUUAGAAGUCUUUUCCAACCUUAACGAUUCCCUGGUUCUGUGAUUCUCUGACAUGGUUAGUGAGCAUGGUGGUGAUGAGUUGACAGUAGGAUCUGAUGAUCGUAAAGGUCUAUUCCAACCUUAACAACUCUUUGAUUUCUUUCUUUCCUGCCUUCCUUCCCCAGUUGCUGUCUGUGAAUGCUAAUUAGGAUGGAUAAUUUCUGUUUGUUUUCUUUUUUGCUUUAACCAAAUCCCUUCUAUUAUGAUCUGUAUCAUUUAUUUCUGCGGGCCAUUAUCUCAGUGUCAUUACAGCGUUUUAGCAGCUGAAUGAAAACAUCCGAAGGAAGCCAGAAGUCGUUAGGCACAACAUUCUGUGAUAACAGCCAUAAUUCUCGUGAUAGAAAAAAAAAUAAGGAAAAGGGAAAACAAGAAGUGUGAUGAGUUCAGGAAACAGCACAAAUGGAGCUGCAGUUGUGCAGUGACACCGUGAUGUUUGUGCUCUGCAGUCACCAGUGCUGUAGCGAGGAGUUCUACAAGUGAAUGUCGGUGGGGAGGGCUGGGGGUAAAAGCUGCUUUUUGUCUCUUUGCAUGGAUUUUACGAUUUCAGUUGUCUUUUUUGUUUUUAAGGAGGGAAAGGUCCAGUGUUUAUGUCCUGGGUAGGGAUGUGACAAAGAUGUUCCACUGAAUGACGUGGUUUCAUGGCACGGUGGUGUUGGCUUGAUGGUUGGAUUUGAUGAUCUUCGUGCUCUUUUCCAACCUGAAUGAUUCUAUGGAAGGCAAGGUUUGGAUUUUUCUGUUGUUCUCUGAGCAAUGGUUGCAAAGCCAUCAGGUUGGAGAAGUUUCUUCUCCAGAAGAGCAGUGAUGUGUUGGCACAGGGACUGGAGGGGUCACCAUCCCUGGAGGUGUUCAUUGUGGAGAUGUGGCACUGAGGGACGUGGCCAAGGGGGGCUGGGGUUGGAUUUGGUGAUCUCAAAGGACUUCUCCAACAUUCAUGAUUCUGUGGUUCAGGAGCAUGAAAUCCUUGCAGGCUGCAAGCAGAGCCGAGUUCCUGCAAGAGAAAAGAUGAGUUACCAAAAGGAAAAGCAAGCAACUCUUGUUUUGAAACCUCUCCUUGAUGCUUUUACUUGAAGCAAUGUAAUCCAACAGGAAAAGAAACUGAAACCAGCACUGGGUUUUCCCCUGCCAGCCCUGCCUAUGCCCCCGUGUUGUAACUGCAUUUCAUCAGCUGCUGUCUUGCAGUGGUCCCGGAGGAUCAGCCCUUGGGGGAUGGACGCUGCUGAGGCUCAAGUUCAUGGUGACCCCAGUUGUGCAGGGCUGCAGGAGCAGGUGGAGGUUGGGCUUUUCAGCCCAGCCUUGGAUCGUGGUAUCAUUCAGGUUGGCAAUGACCUCUCCAACCAUCAUCCCACCCCCACCAUGCCUGCUGAGCGUGUCCCUAACGAAGGUGCUGGUGUCCCAGGGUUCAUUUCCCUGUUUCAUUUCCAGCAGCAGCACAAGAAGCAUUGCUUCAGAUCCUUCCUAUACUCCAGCAUUCAGCUUCAGCACGAAGCAGCUCACAAGCCAGACUGAUGGAAUAAAACAGCACUGCACAACAGAAAAUCAACCACACGUGCCUCCCAUUGCAUGAAACGACAGGCGCCGUGCCCUCCCGUGCCUCAGUUUCCCCACCCAGCGCUUCUUUCCGCCUCCUUUCGGGUUCCUUUUUGCUUCCUUUGCAUUCCUACCCGGCCAGGACAAGCCACUCCUCCGGCGGGUGACAUCAGGCUGGAGCCCAGCGGGGCCCUGCAUGGCCGCCAUGCAGCAGGGAGUGGGGACAAGGAAGGGGACAGCAGCAGGGAGCGGGGGAACGCAGGGGAACGUGGGACGAGCUGGCUGGAAUCCCACGGCACUGCUGAGAGAGGAGGUGGCCCAGCUGCAGGAGGAGGUGCACCUGCUCCGGCAAAUGAAGGAGAUGCUAACGAAGGAGCUGGAGGAGACACAUGGCAGCAAAUCCCCCGAGGUGCUGUCGGCCACUGAGCUCAAGGUGCAGCUGGCACAGAAGGAGCAGGAGCUGGCACGGGCCAAGGAGGCUCUGCAGGCCAUGAAAGCCGACCGCAAGCGCUUGAAGGCGGAGAAAACAGACCUGGUGAGCCAAAUGCAGCAGCUCUACGCCACGCUGGAGAGCCGCGAGGAGCAGCUCCGCGACUUCAUCCGCAACUACGAGCAGCACCGGAAGGAGAGUGAGGAUGCAGUGAAAGCCCUGGCCAAGGAGAAGGACCUGCUGGAACGGGAGAAAUGGGAGCUGCGGCGGCAAGCCAAGGAAGCCACCGACCACGCCAGCGCCCUGCGCUCCCAGCUUGACCUCAAAGACAACAGAAUGAAGGAGCUGGAGGCCGAGCUGGCCAUGGCCAAGCAAUCACUGGCCACGCUGACCAAGGACGUCCCCAAGCGCCAUUCCUUGGCCAUGCCAGGUGAGACGGUGCUGAAUGGCAACCAGGAGUGGGUGCUGCAAGCUGACCUACCACUCACUGCUGCCAUCCGACAGAGCCAGCAGACCCUGUACCACUCCCACCCCGCACACUCGGCUGACCGGCAAGCAGUCAGGGUGAGCCCCUGCCACUCCAGGCAGCCGUCCAUCAUCUCCGACGCGUCAGCAGCAGAAGGUGACCGAUCGUCCACGCCGAGCGACAUCAACUCGCCGCGACACCGGACGCAUUCGCUCUGCAACGGGGACAGCCCCGGACCGGUACAGAAGAACUUGCACAACCCCAUCGUACAGUCUCUGGAAGACCUCGAGGACCAAAAACGGAAAAAGAAGAAGGAGAAGAUGGGCUUUGGUUCCAUCUCACGGGUGUUCGCCCGGGGCAAGCAGCGCAAAUCCCUCGACCCAGGGCUGUUUGAUGGCACGGCCCCCGACUACUACAUCGAGGAGGAUGCGGACUGGUGACCCCUCGCCCCCAACAAUGUACAGCCCCCAUGUGUGCACACCCAGUCACCGUGUAAUUUCGUCCCAACCCUUCCCCCCUUGUAUUUCAAUUUUAUUUUUUUAAGCAUUCCAGUAACUCUUCCUUUUGUCGUCACUUCUUUAUUUUAUUUUUUUUUUGUCGUUUGGGGGAUUAUUGUUUUUUUUUUUUCUUGUUUUCUUUCGUUUGUUUCGUUUUCGUUCCCCAAACCUCCCUCCUUUUCGACAAAACUUGAAACUUGAAGGACUGCUGUGUGUCUGUAAAUAACGGGAAUCUCGUGCA